AGUCACAUGGUACCUUAUUUGGUCACCGACUAGCUCAAGUCACAUGAAAUGUAUGGAGAUAUAUUUAGCCCCUAUCAAGAACUUUGGUUGUUUCUGCGUGAAUAUGCUAUGGGACUUGUUUGGAACUUUAAAUUGUAAAGUUUGCUUUGCAAAAGAACGUGGUGCUUGAUUGUAAUGCAAGGAGAAAGUAUCAUUUAAUACUUUUUUUUCGUGCUUAAAGGGGUUCAUCUGAAGAAUGAUAAAAGAACUCUGAGGUUUGCAGCAAAGAAGUUUCUUUGAAGCUAAUGCAUUAAUUCAGAAUCUAGUGUAAUCUCUACCCCAAUCAGUAUUUUUCUUCUAUAUUGUGGUUCUGUUUCUCAUUUCUAUUUUAUUUUCUUUGGAGAGAUCUUUUCUUUUUAUGCUUUGCUUAAUUUAUUGCUUCUUUCUUUCAUUUCCCCUUCCUAUAGAUUAGCAUUUCAACUAAACUUUAGAUGAGUGACACAAGUCAUUCCACUUGUUCAUAAGGAGAGGAAUAAUCUUAGACAUUUCUAUACUCUUUAUGGAUAAGGAAACUGAAGUAGGAUUUUAUACUAAAGGCUUCCAAGGAAUUUUUCUUCUUUAUGAUUAGCAGUUGCUGGUUUUAUGUUUUGAUUCCCUCUCAUGCUUGGUCAGGAAACCAAAUUCAAGAUAUAGUGUUGUGUUUAAUCUAUGAUCUCCUACAAUAACGUGGCCUUCUUUUUCUACUUAGUCUCAUGCUUUUAUUGCUUACAUUUGCUGCUUAAAGGGAAACCUAGUUGUAUAAUUAAAUGAACUGAGCUCUGGGUUACCCUUCAGUUCUCCUAAUCAUAGUAUUUUUUCUCCAUGUUUUGGUAUUAAAGAUAAAUCUAGCAGUGUCAACAAUAGAAUACAUGCAUGCGAAGAUUUGUGGGAUUUGUCAUAACAAAAUUGCCAAUUGCCAUUAAGAUAUUGUUUAGAGUUUGAAGUGGCAGUAAUUUUGAAAUAAAACUAUUAUGUUAUAGGUCUUUUGUUCUUGUUUUCAUCAUUCACAUGCUUCUUUUUGUGUCUAUUUCGUCCUCAUGUUUCAAGUGGUGCUAGCAAUUGAGUUGAAUCUUAGUUAAUUACGGAUACAUUGGUUCUUUAUCAAUCUUUUGAUUCUGCAGUUAAAAAGAAAGUAGUUUGUGCAUUGGGACUUAAUUGUUUAGGGUACCAAUUUCCUGCUAUUUGGUUAUGUCGAAUUACAAUCUGUUGUAUCUGGAUCAUCUAAUAUUCUCAUACUAUCUGUUAUUCCUGCUAUUCUCCUUUGGGCAUUCUGUGGAUGCAAGCUGGUCCAGCACAAGUUUUGUAGAACAAAGCUGCACAAUCCUUAUCCCCUCCACAGAGGUAAUCUUACUUGCCUUUUAACAUUAGUGUCAAGAUGGCAGCACAAAAAUGGGUUGUACUGUCACUGGUACUGGGCAAAGCUAUGGUCUAGCAGGUCUCAUUGAGAUUGGCUCAUAAGUCUUUGCCAUGUGAUUGUUUUUUCCUCGUCGGAGUGGUGCCAUUUGAUUUAUCAGAAAAUGUCAUUUUAAAUUUCCUCAAGUUUUUCUUGGCCAUUUAUUGUGUAUUGAUUCUUAUUUCUACCUUCUAAAUACUUGUUUUAGAUCCAUCAAUUGUAUUAUAGAGGCAAAUCUUAUUCUAAGUUCUGACAAAUAAUCUUCGUGAUCUAUU